CCCCCUGCUCCUCUAUGCUCAGUUCGGUGUGUGUCUCCUCUUUCAAAGGGCGCAAGGGUGGGAACAAGUCGUCAAACAAAGCAUGUUACAGCGCAGACAUGACUUGUCCGUCAGACAGCGAGAAAAUAGUGAUAAACUGCGGGGGGAUUCGGCACGAGACGUACCGCAGCACACUGAAGACGCUGCCUGGGACGCGCUUGUCCUGGCUCACGGAGCCAGAUGCGUUCAGUAACUUUGACUAUGACCCCAAAUCCGACGAGUUCUUCUUUGACCGCCACCCCAACACCUUUGCUUUUAUCCUCAAUUAUUACCGCACAGGGAAGUUGCAUUGUCCCAACGACGUCUGCGGUCCUCUCUUCGAGGAGGAACUCGCGUUCUGGGGUAUCGACGAGACAGACGUGGAGGCUUGCUGCUGGAUGAACUACCGACAGCAUCGGGACGCCGAGGAAGCGCUGGACAGCUUCGAGACGCCCGAGCCGGACCUGCCAGAGGACGACCCGGCGCUAACGGGUGGUGCGGACGGGGAUUUGAAGAGGUUGUGUCUACAGGAGGAUGGCCGCAACCCCAGCUGGUGGAGUACCUGGCAGCCGCGCAUCUGGGCGCUGUUUGAGGACCCCUACUCCUCCAAAUACGCCAGGUAUGUGGCGUUCGGCUCGCUCCUGUUCAUCCUCAUCUCCAUCUCAACAUUUUGCUUGGAGACACACGAGGCCUUCAACACCAUCUACAAUAAGACAGAGAACGUGACGGUGGGGAACGUCACGCGGGAGGAGGUUGUGUUUGAGGUAGUGACUGACAACUGGCUGACCUACGUGGAGGGCGUAUGCGUCAUCUGGUUCACCAUCGAGGUGUUCGCCCGUGUCAUCUUCUGCCCGGACAAGGCCGAGUUCUUCAAGAGCUCGCUGAACAUCAUCGACUUUGUAGCCAUCCUGCCCUUUUACCUGGAGGUGGCGCUGAGCGGCCUCUCCGCUAAAGCGGCAAAAGACGUGCUGGGCUUUUUGCGCGUGGUGCGAUUCGUCCGAAUCCUGCGAAUCUUCAAGCUCACGCGCCAUUUCGUGGGGCUGAGAGUGCUGGGUCACACGCUCCGUGCCAGCACCAAUGAAUUCUUGCUCCUCAUCAUCUUCCUCGCUCUGGGGGUGCUCAUCUUUGCCACCAUGAUCUACUACGCCGAGCGUAUUGGCGCCGACCCGGCCGACCCCACGGCAAGCGCCCACACCACCUUCAAAAACAUCCCCAUCGGUUUCUGGUGGGCAGUGGUCACCAUGACCACACUGGGCUAUGGAGACAUGUAUCCAGAGACAUGGUCUGGUAUGUUAGUGGGUGCCCUGUGCGCCCUGGCGGGCGUGCUGACCAUCGCCAUGCCUGUGCCCGUCAUUGUAAACAACUUCGGCAUGUACUACUCUCUGGCCAUGGCCAAGCAGAAGCUGCCCAAGAAGAAGAACAAGCACAUCCCACGGGCGCCGCAGCCUGGAUCGCCCAACUACUGCAAGCCAGACGCCCUGGCCAUGGCCACUGCCUCGCCGCACAGGAUCAUGGGUAAUGUGCUGGGCAGUAUGGUGGUCUCUGGAAGCAUGGCAGGAGACUGUCCUCUUGCACAGGAGGAAAUCAUAGAGAUUAACAGAGCAGACUCCAAACAGAAUGGAGAUGCUGCAAACGCAGCUCUGGCUAAUGAGGACUGUCCCACCAUAGAUCAGGUGCACGGGCCAGAUGACAGGAGUCCGGCCACCGGUGGGCUGGGGACAUGCGCGGGGCGUGAACGUUACCCCCACGAUAGGGCCUGCUUCCUUCUCAGUACCGGAGAGUUCCGCACCACAGACAGCAAUGUCAGGAAAGCUGCUGGCUACGAGAAGUCCCGCAGCCUCAAUAACAUCUCGGGGAUGACAGGGGCCCCUCAGCGCCUGACCCCCAUCACCCCCAUCAACAACCCACCCUACGAGCCUUACGAUACCCCCGGCCCCCUGCGCCGCUGCCGAUCCCCCAUACCCUCCAUUCUGUAGCACAUCUUAGGAAACAACAUUGAAAUAAGCGGAAAAAAGACACUCAUGCACCAUCAUGCCGCAAUAGUAUUAAUUAUCACAAUAACGAUGCUAAGUACUCACACCUCCGCUCCUCCAUUGACUGGACAGGGUGGGGGUACCCAGCACUCUUUUAAUAUGUCAUGCCUCAAAGGGAAUGGGAUGAAUUUGUUUAGGGAUUUAGAGCUUUAAGUACUAAAAUGACUUUAUCGCAUAUACUUCAGGCAAUACUUCAGACAGGCAACUAAAAACAAUUAUAUGCUGUGACGUCAGCAGAUUAUGCCUUAUUAUCGAAGAUAAAUAAUAAUAAAAAAAAAAAGAAGCACUGAAUAUUACUAGGAUAAAACUCCUCACUGGUCCAUAGACAGCGACGAGCUCCCUGUAGGAAAUGUACCCCUGUAGCUGAAUGACAGUAGUUGGUUUUUCCUCAUGUUCCCGCCUGAUUGAUUGCUGGUUGUAUAAAAACGAGACUGAUAUCCAGCAGGCUUAUUCAUUGAGUACUAGUCGCUGCGAUCAGCUUUGGUACACCAUAAUAGGCCUUGAAAAUCCACUUCAUAUCAAAGCUUGGAAUGAUAAAGGUCAUAGGUCAACAUGCAAGUAGUUCAAGUGCAUGCUAGAAAAGACGUCAGUUAGGCAAGUAGAAUAUAACUAAACUCCCAAUCCCCUUUAACUGCUACGAGGAUAUGAAAAUAAACGCACCAUAUGCUGAUUUGAACUUGUAAUUAAGCCCUGUGGUAGAGAAUUAAUGGAUCGUUUUGGCUGAUUUGACUGUGAUGAAGGAGUUGUUGGUGAUUCAGGCAAUAGAACAUGAUGAGUGUUAUGAUUACGAUAAACUCAAGGACCAUCUUUAAUCACACUCUGAGCAUUUCCUACAGAAACUUUGGUUGUCACUCGAUAUUUUAACGUAUAAUUCACACUGUUAUUAUAAUUAUGCUCUUUAUUUAGGACAAUGAAAAAAUGCUUAAACUGUUCUUCUGCAAUAUCGACUAUUAUGAUGACCUCUGACCCUGAGAAGCUGGAGAUGAAUCCUGCGAACUUUACUAUGUGCAACUAUUAACUUUAACAACUAACAGAGAGACCGAGAGCUGAUCAUUAUUUGAAAAGAGGCUAUUUUUAUACUAAGCACUUGGACACUGCGAUUCGGAUCGGGGUUUGGAGUUGCGCGCGGGCGGCUUUGAGUUGACAUUUUGGGAGGACAGGAUAUCGUGCUGUUGCAUGGAGAUCUACAAUUAACGUUUUGGUUUUUGUAUUUUGACUCUCUGCAUAUUCAACACCAAGUACCACGAAAUGAAAAGAGCAGUGGUCUGGACAAAUGGCGGAAAAAAAAAAUUAUAAUAAUAAUAAGGAGGAGCCAUUGCUAUUAAGGGCCUAUAACCUUCUGCACUUUUUCGUGACCCUUUUUAAUUUGUAUACUAGUGCAUGAAGGAACUGUCUUUAAAAUAUAUAUUUUCCUUAUUAUGGUAUUUCCUCAUUAAUAUUAAGACAUAUCAAGCUGAACUUCACUCCUCACUGCAUAUCCGCAUAUCCUGGGGCUGUGGUGAACCAGACAGUGGCCUCAAAGUUUCCUUACUUAAGGGCAAGAAUUAGCUGGACGUUUUCAUCCUCUUCAUCACUGGCAUUACCAUCCCUCAUCAUAAUCAUUUUCUGAUUACUGUUAUUCCUCUAAUUUGAAUGCAGUAGAAAAUCAGUUCAGUUUGUUUUCUCUUUGGUCCCCUUCUUUUCUUUCUGUGUUUCUUUUAAAAACAUUUUUUUUUUACCUGC